CACUUGUUGCCGUCGCCAGUGCCAGCUUGUUGCCAACGUUGCCCGAACAACACUUCGUACGAUUCAGGAUGGUGCGUGCAAGCUGCCUGCUAGCGAGCUGCGUGCUCAUGACUCUGCUCCUCAUUAUGCCCGCAUCUGCCUACCCCAGGUAUCCGAGCAACUACUUUCGCGAAGACAUCCAAUACGAACCCGAAGAGAUCAUGGACAUGCUGAACCGCCUCGGUAACCUCAUCCAGAUGGAACGCAAAAUGGAAAACUAUAAAGAAGAUAUUACUAGCGAGAAGCGAGCCCUCGAUCUUGGCCUGAGCCGUGGAUACUCCGGCGCCCUUCAAGCUAAGCACCUCAUGGGACUUGCAGCAGCCAACUACGCCGGAGGCCCAGGAAGGAGGCGACGAGAUGCCCACUAAGCUUAGAAUAAUCCUCUCUCGAAUACUGCACUGAGGUGGACAUCCAAAACCAUAACGCAACAUCUCUAUGCAGUACCUUCAUACGCUUAUCCAUCAGUCUGGCUGGCUCCAUUGCAUAUAGUCAAAUUUAUUCAAAUUAACGCUUAACGUGAUAUAUUUCUAGUC